UUCUGUCCUGCAGAAACACACUUAUUGCGCUCUGAACACUCAGGCACGCACAUGUGAAAAAAUGAAGUCCACGUUUUUCUUCUUUUUCAUCAUUUGGUUUGCAGAUGCGGAGCUAAAACCCCGGAAAGGCUCCGGGGUGGUGUGUACUUUCAAAGACAAGACAUAUAGCCCAGGAGACAGCUGGCAUCCCUAUCUGGAGCCCUUUGGAUUCAUGUUCUGCAUGCGCUGUGUCUGCACAGAGACAGGUCAUGUGAAAUGUAACACAAUCAAGUGUCCUGCUCUGCCAUGUGAAAACCCAGUAGCUCAGCCUCAGCAGUGUUGUCCCAGAUGCACAGAUGAGCCCAGGAUCCCUGCAGGGCUGAGAGCCUCAGUGAAGUCCUGCAGGCAUAAUGGAAGUAUCUAUCAGCCGGGGGAGACCUUCACCAAGCUUGACCUCUUCCCAUCCAAGCAAAGCAAUCAGUGUGUCAUGUGCACAUGUUCUAAUGGAAAUAUCUUCUGCGGUCUGAAAACGUGUCAACCAAUCACCUGUUCCUCACCAGUCUCAGUCUCAGAUACCUGCUGUUUGGUGUGUAAAGAUCAUGCCACCAGUGGGUCCUCAUCAAUUGAGGAUGGAAACCAGCAACUGAACAGAGGCGUUAGGCAUUCAGUCGACCAGUGUUCUGGAGAGCAGAGCAGGGCGCGGUUCGACCGUGCCACCCCACCCAGGGUCAGGACUGCUCCGCGAGGCCUGAUCCUCAGUAAACUCAACCUCAAAGGGGCUUCGGAGACCACCGUGAAGAUUUUGUUGCAGAGGAAACACCAAAGAGCGUGUUUGUACAAUGGCAAGACGUACUCUCAUGGAGACAUGUGGCACCCAGUUUUGGGGAAGGUCCUGGAAUGCAUCCUCUGCACUUGUACUGAUGGCCUCCAGGACUGCAAACGCAUCACGUGUCCCAGCCAGUACCCAUGCCAACAUCCUAUGAAAUCAGCGGGGAAGUGCUGCAAGACGUGUCCAGAGAGUAAAGCUGAAAGUAACCAGACUCAGUGUUACCUCGGAUAUAAAAAUAACCUCCUGGUGUAUAAAGUAGACUCAUCUUUGAAGGUUGAUCCACCCAACACAGUCAGGAUCAUUGCUGUUGAAAGACAAAGUACUGCUGAGGUUGAAGUGCAAGUGUGGAAGAAUGUAGAAGGUGUUUUACAAUUAAUGGAAAUUGGUGACGUUCAAAGAAAAGAUAUUGUGGAUCAUCCAGAAAAUUACACAUUACUUACGACACUUGAUGAAGAGACAUGGAGAAAAUUUAAAGAGGAGGGAGAUAAUCUGAGUACAGCUCCUCAGACCACAAUCUGCGAAGACGGCAUUCGGGAGAUGGUGACUUUCUUAAAUCCCAAGCAGAUUGAAGACCUGUGUUCACCCUGAUGGGUUUUCCUCCCUUGACUUUCUUUUUAUAUCAAUAUUCCCAAUAAUAACUACAGGGUUGACAUACAGUGCAUACUUUAUUCAUACAUGUCCUACGUCAUUCCUGUAAUACAAGUGGAAUUUCUCAUUUAUAAUAUUGUUUAUUGAUUUAUACAUUGUUGUCCAUCAUGUUUUAAUCAUCACAUUUUUAUAUGUAAUUUAUUAGGUUACAAAACACAUGAUAUACAGUAGCAGUGUUUGAUAACUGUCGUGGUCAUAAACUGGCACAUUAUAGUUCUGCCUCUGCCCCCUUUAAUGACCAAGGACAUUUUGCAAUCAGUAUUUCUCCAACAAACCUUUUGCUUUAACCAUUUUAGAAUAUGUUGGACAACGGGCCAUGUUCUGUUCAGAAUAUAAAGUUUUUUUUAAGGAUGUUAUAUGGUCAUCAACAUAUUUAUUGUAAAUACAAACUGAGGUUUUGUCACCUUAUUUAAAGCGUAUUGGUUCUUGUAUCAUUUCUGUGUAUAUACAUUAGACUGUCUGAAUGUUUUUUAUUUGCAUGAAGUAGCAAGAGGCAUUGCUUUGGGGUUCAAUCUGCUCUAACAAAUACACCAGCUGUGUAUUUGUUAGAGAGAAAACAGCCGUCCUAAUUCUGUCUGAUGUCAAAAUAUAGACAUACUUUAGCUAUUUUUAUGCAGCCACAGGAUUUAGUUUGUUAUCGUAGCCUAAUGACAUUCUACAACUCCACAUUCCAGAAAUAUUUGUAUUUUAAAGUGAUCAUAGUUGAAUGCACUCUGUACUUCUGCUCACAAUUUUAAUGCAUAAAGUUUUCUCAGUGUUUUACACCAGAAAACUUUGUCUGAUUUGUUU